UCUCUCUCUCUCUCUCUCCCCCCUUUCUCCGGCCCUCUUUCCCUCCUUCGCCUCUUUUUUCUGUCUCUCCCUGUCGGCCCUCUUCUUCUUGGACACCCUCCCCCACGACCUUUGUCGCCUGCAGCCGGUCUGCCAUGCUUAUCAAGGCCAACCUCAAUGCCCUGUCCACGGGCCCGAUCUCCAUCCAGACAUCCGGCAUCGAGGACCUGUGGUUUCUCUACAACUUCAUCCAGCCGAAUGAUGUUAUCCGGUCCCAGGGCUCCUACAAUGUCUCCUCCACUCGGACCAGUGGCCGCACGGUGGUGGUCCACCAUACGAUCCACAUCUCGAUUCAGGUGACCCACAUCGACUUUGACCCGCUGGCUCAGAUGCUACGUAUCCGCGGGAAUACGCUGGACUUCAGUGAUGUGCGUCUUGCGCAAGGCUCCCCAAGCACGCCCCGGAGUCGGGCCUCUUUCGCCGGCCGUGUGUGCUCACCUCCUCCCGGACUGCCAUCAGUCCCAGGACAGCAUUUCGCACUUCACGCAUAAGAUCGACACCAACACGAGUUUCUCCCUGAGCCGGGACAUUUGGAAGCAUGAGGAUGUGGAGCACCUGAAGGAAAACCAGAAGACCGUGCACCCUUCGACGGUCAAUGUGAUCGCCAUGCACUCUGGCCUGGCCCAUGUUUGCUCGGUGUCCAACAACAUCACGGUGGUCUAUGCGCGCAUCGAGCAAACCAUCCCGAAGAAUGCCCGGCGCCCGGAGGAGGUCGAAAAGGCCACCCAAAAGUUUUUCACGGCGGUUUCGAAUGCCAUCGACCGGUACAUGGUCGUGAGCAAGAGCCAGCGCCUGGUGAUCGCCGGUCCUGGGUACAUUGCCCGGGAGUUUGUGGACUUCCUCGGAAAGGUCCCGGCCGAUAAGUACACAAAGGACAUUCGGGCGAUGCUGCCCCACAUCAUUGUCGGGCAUUGCUCCAGCGGCCACAAGAGCGCCAUCACGGAGAUCUUCUCCGAUCCGAACAUUUCGCGGGCCCUGGCGCAGGAGCCCUUGACCAAGGAUGUUGUUGUGCUGGAUGAGUUUUUCUCUUCGCUCAACAACAAUCCCAUGCUCACGACGUAUUCCUUCCCCCAGGUCCAGGCCGCGGCCUACAUGAGCGCUGUGAAGGUGCUGCUCGUGACGGACACCGUGGUCCGUGGGACGAACGUCAGCCUGGAGCCUGGCCCUCCGGGAUCGGCUUACGAUGUCAAUGCCCUGGCCCAGGCGAUUCAGGCCCACCGGGACCAGUACACGGAGCUGAUGAAUCAAGUGACCCUGACCGGCGGUCGGGUGCACAUCUUCAAGUCGGCCCACCCGGCCGGCGAGCGUCUCGAUGCGCUGACCGGCUGUGCGGCCAUCCUGCACUUCCCGCUGGAGGGCCUGGAGGAGGGGGCCGACGAGGGGCCGGAGACUGGCGCCACCGAGCCGACGAUUCCGGCCCUGCCGCAGAAGCCCUUCACCCUGGACCGGGUACAGCGCGAGUGGCAGGCCUCCAUCUCGGCCUCCGGGUCGAAUGUGUUCGGCCCGGGCGGCAGCAGCGAGGAGAAGUUCCGCACCUUCUCCCUGAACUUCUUUGCCGACAAUCAGGAUGACCAGCUGAAUGACACGCCCGACGGGCCGGAGGAUCUUGUCCAUUUCUACAUUUGAGCGUCGGGGGAAGACACCUGCCUCGAAGCCUCCCUAAUAGACCGCUGCUCUUCUC